GUGUCUAUCAUGUCCGACUCGGUUCAGACCACCUCCGACAGUCUGUGUAAACUCGUCCGCUGGGCCCACAGCCACGGCACCAUCUGCAACCUCAUCCCCAGCCUGCAGCACUUCACCUGUGGGUCCUAUUGUAACGUGCUGACACCAGACCCUGGUCCCCAUGGCAGCAGUGUUCCUGUCGCUAUGUGGGGUUGUGGUGCCGGACACGCCUACCACUGGCCCCUCAAUGACUGUGGCAGCGGCCGAGGAGGCUCAGCAAACACCAGCCAGAGCCAGGACAGGUUUGUUCGAGGGCGUUCAUCCAAUAAGGUGACAGUGAGGGCAUCAUGUGACCUCUCUUGUAGCGAAGCAGCAUCAGAGGCUGAGGAGUUCAGCAGCCGGCUGUUCGACAUGGCCGGCUGUGAUUCGUCGGCCACAGACGAUGAUGCCGACUAUGAGCCUCUGCCAUGCAGGAAAAGAGGCGGGGCAUCGGGAGGAGCAGCUGCCGGGAAGAAGGUCAAGCAGGAAGUAACCUCAGCAGAGGAUUUUGACACUGCUGCUAACAUAGCUAGCACGGGGCUAGUUGUGACAGAGGCUGUCAAUGUUUUACAGACUUGUCAGGCACCAAACACACACUGUCAAAUCACACACACACUGUUGCCCAACAAGACCCUCCCACCCUGCCCCCAGCCCCAGCACGGACAGGAUCUGGGGUGUGAGGGAUUAGUGGACCCAGAGAUGGGGCUGCUGGGAGGAGGCAGCUGCAUGACAGGGACCACGGAGCAGGCUGAGGGAUGCAGCUCCGCCACAGGGACUACAGAGAAGACUACAGGGGGGCAGAAUGAGCUGGAGCAGCUGCAAGCGUUACUUUGUGCAGAGCGCAGCCGCAACCAGCAGAUGACGGAGAUCAUCUCAAGUCUGAAGCAGGACAAAGAGCUGCUGCAGCAUGAACUCACUAAGAAAGCCGAGCUCAUCUGUGACUUCCUGCAGGACAAACUGCGGCCAGAGAAGAAGUGGCCUCGUUGCUCUAAUCAGAUGGAACCGGGAAGUUCGCACAUGACCUCUCCUGAUGAUGUGGCUGGUUCUGAUACGCCAACGCUGUUUGACUCAUUUGAAGAAAUGGAGCUUCACCCUCUGAAGCUCCACCGGACCCUGAAGAGCAAGAGGAGCCGGGAUGGAGAAAACACCCGAGUCAGGAUGAAAAACGUGGUGGGUGUGAUAGCGCGCUACAUGACUGCCCUCAAAGAGUUUUGCCGUGGCGUUUCCAUGAAGGUGGCCUUCGACCGGGUCGGUGUGGACCGCAACACCAUCUCCCGUACAGCGGCCAUAGCAGAGCUCAGCCUGGCCGCUCCGGAGGUGUUUCAUGCACUGGCACCGUGGGACGAGAAGGAGGAGACGCUGGCGCAUUAUUCCCACCGCUGCAGACAGGCGAUGGAUGACAACAUUAAGGCCAAAAUCAAAACGAUGAAGGCAAAAGGCGAACUGCUGCCCAUCGUAUCAAAGUGACAAACAGAUAGUUUGCGGACUCAGUCAGAGGCCUACAAUGCACACUUCUUGUACUUGUAAAAAGACAGCACAAACAGAAAAGAUGGCCACAUUUAUGUUACUUUGGAUGUAGAAAUGAGUCUUUAUGCCUCUUAGGGUAAGUGGAUUUCUCCUUGUACGGUUGUGAAACAUCUGUCCAAUGUUGUGACUCUGGAAAGAAUAAGUGCUUCUUCAGUUCUGUCAUCAAACCAUUAAUUUAUGCUGCAUUCAUGGCAGCUCAUUUUAAUCAAGUUUCAACUUUUAAGAAAAACAUUAAAAAUGAUAUAUAAUGACUUAUUGGUUCAUUCUGUGGUGGUCACUCAGAGCACUUUAUAGUUACAGUAUAGUGUAGUAUAUAGUAUAGUAUGAUCAAUUAGGGAUUUUUUGUAUUCAAGUUUCAGUGACUCAAAAAAAAGUUUUUUAUGCAUAGUAAUACACUGCAUGUGUUGUUUUGUGUACUGCCAACCACUGUUUUACAAUAAACUACU